AUGUCUCUCCCAGAAACCUACGAUUCCCCCGUCUCCCUCGCCAUCAUCGGCGGAACCGGCAUCUCCCGUCUCGACGGCUUCAAAUCCGUCGCCUCCCUCAAAAUCACAACACCAUGGGGUUCUCCAUCCUCACCAGUCAUAAUCCUCGAAACCCCUUCCGGAGCACCAGUAGCCUUCAUAUCCCGUCACGGUCUUCACCAUGAGUACACACCAUCCGAAGUACCCUCUCGUGCGAAUAUCGCUGCAUUGAGAAGUAUUGGUGUUCGUACUAUCAUUGCUUUCUCAGCGGUUGGAAGUUUGAGGGAGGAAAUCCCUCCUAGGGAUUUUGUUAUUCCUACGCAGAUUAUCGAUCGGACUAAGGGUAUUCGACCGGCGACGUUCUUUGAUGGUGGGGUCGUGGCGCAUGUGGGAUUUGCGGAUCCAUUUGAUGAACGGGUUGGGAAGAUUAUUAAGGCUUCCGAGGGGGCGUUGGACGGUGGUGCGAAGAUCCACGAGGGGAAGACGUUGGUUUGUAUGGAGGGACCACAGUUCUCGACAAGAGCUGAGUCGAAGAUGUACCGCUCAUGGGGAGGCGAUAUCAUCAACAUGUCUGUCCUACCGGAAUCAAAACUCGCUAAGGAGGCUGAAAUACACUAUGCAAUGAUCUGUAUGGCAACAGAUUAUGAUUGCUUCAGAGAUGAUGCUCCACCCGUCAAUGUUCCGGAAGUUUUGGCUCACAUGGCAGCUAAUGCUGUUAACGCUCAACGUCUGAUUGGAGCCUUGCUGGUAGAAUUGGUCAAGGAGGAACACGGUGAUUUACUGUCGGGUCAGGCACUCAAGGAAUCCUCGAAAUGGUCUAUUUGCACAAAGCCAGAAGGGAUCAGCAAGGAGGCUAAGGAGAAGUUGGGGUUCUUGUUCCCAGAGUGGAGCCUGUAG